AUGUCGCACAAAAAUCCCAGUCUCGAUCCACAAUUGUCCCUUGAAAUAUCCCUUGAACAAUCAAAUGUUGAAGGACAAACAACAGAAGUUGAGGCUGCGAAUGACAAUCAAGUUUUGAAUACAAAUGAGAAUUACAGGCAGGCAGAAGAGCAAAUGCAUGAUUUUCAUAGCUUUGGAGGAGCUUUUGGAAAUGCUUUGGGUAUCAAUUUGAUGGAUAUCUCCGAGUUGAUGCGCAACAACGAUUCCAUUCUCAACACAGAUCCCGUUCGUAACACCGACUUCAUUCGAGAAAGCGAUUUCGUUAUGUCUUCAUCGGACCACAACAAUAUCUCCGAAGAUGAGGAAGCAUCGCAGUCCGAGUAUAGUGAUGAGGAAGAUUUGGACAUGGAAGAGCCUUUGAGGGUUGCCGAAGAUGUAGCGCCAUUGCUUCUUCGCUCACCUUCAUCACCGCCAUCAUACGCACCACCCCCAACACCAAUCUUGAGACUUCUGCCAAUGUUCACCCUUAGUCCUGGUAUUCCCUCACCCUCAGCAAUGCCAUAUUUCGAUGAUCCAACUCGUUACGAAACCAGGAUCAACGCCAGAAAAGUUCGCAUGCAUGAUACAUGCCUUACGGCUGCAGAAGAAACAUUGAGACGAUUACCAGGGAUAUGGUGGCGACGAAUCUCAAAGAUACCAUCAUCUCUCAGAAAAUGCUGGACUCCAUAUGAUAUCUUUGAUGAGUAUUUGGAGAAUACAUUGGUGGCUGUAAAUGAUUACGGUGCGGAGGAGGCUGAAGUCGAUACGAAAGUUGAAGUCAGUAAAUAA